AUGAGGCGGAAGUCUUCAGUUGAUCUGUUUGAAAACGAUUAUGGUCAUACUCGGUAAAAGUGCCCGGAAUUAUCAUGUCUGUGCGUUAAAGGUAGAUGUAUGUAACGUUAUUUUGUGAUCACGUUACUACAAAGCGAUAAAGAUGACGAUAGUACAGCGGUUAUUUCACAUCGAGCGGCUGUUAGUUCGCCGUACAGCUCCAUGCGUGUCAAACUCCAGGAGUUUUAGUUGUUCCAGAUCGUGCAGGACUGUCAUGCCCGCCUGGGUUAUCGAUAAGUACGGGAGCAAUGACGUCCUGAGGUUCACGAAAAACGCCAGCUUCCCCGUCCUCAACUACCCCAAUGAGGUUGUCGUCAAGGUGCUUGCUGCAGGACUCAACCCCAUUGAUGUCAGCAUGAGAGGUGGUUAUGGUGCGGCAUCACUGGCGAUGAAGCGGGACCCUCUAAAUCUGAACCAGACUGGCAGUGAGUUCCCUCUCAUACUGGGCCGGGAUGUGUCAGGGGUCAUCAUGGAGUGUGGGCUGGACGUGAAGUACUUUAAAGAGGGAGAUGAGGUGUGGGCUGCAGUUCCUCCAUGGAAACAGGGAAGCUUGGCUGAGUUUGUGGUUCUCAGUGGCAACGAGGUUUCCUUCAAACCAAAGUCAGUGAGCCACACUGAGGCUGCAGCAAUUCCCUACGUGGCUAUGACUGCCUGGUCAGCACUUGUUAACACUGGUGGCCUCACCAAAGACAACUGCAGCAAGAAAAGGAUUUUGAUCCUUGGAGGCUCCGGAGGAGUGGGAACGUUUGCUAUUCAGCUGUUGAAGGCGUGGGGUGCACACGUGACAGUGACAUGCUCCCAGAAUGCAGAGGCUCUAGUGCGGAACUUGGGUGCGGACGAGGUGGUGGACUACACUGCUGGACCUGUAGAGAAGUCGCUGGCCGCCUUCGAGAAGUUUGACCUGAUCCUAGAUAAUGUUGGGGGGGACACGGAGCACUGGGCGCUGGGUCUGCUUAAGCCGUGGUGCGGAGCCAAGUAUGUUACCCUGGUGACGCCCUUCCUGCAGAACACGGACCUGCUGGGUAUCGCUGAUGGGAUGCUGCAGACGGCUGCAACCAUGACCACCAAGGCCAUCAAGCACCUUGUGAAGGGUGUCCACUACCGUUGGGGUUUCUUCGCACCCAGUGGACCAGCACUUGAUGACAUCACUGAAAUGGUGAAUGCUGGACAGAUCCAUGCUGUGGUGGACGAGGUCUUCAGUUUCUCUCAAGUGCCUCAAGCUUUUGAGAAGAUGGAGAAAGGCCACGCCAGAGGAAAGACCGUGGUUCAGAUCAAAAGUCCUGAUGGAAACUGACUUGACUUUGACAACCAAGUUUUAGGAUGAGAUCGCAGUGUUGUAUUAAUGAGACGUUUGAGCACGACACUGAAUAUGACAUUGCACUUGUAAAUA